AUGGCGAAAAGUUCAAAGUUGCGCAUCGCGUUCAUUCACCCUGACUUGGGAAUCGGAGGAGCCGAAAGGCUGGUUGUAGACGCUGCACUAGGUUUACAAUCCCUGGGUCACUCCGUGGAUAUAUACACCUCUCAUCACGACUCGAACCACUGUUUUGACGAGACAAGAGACGGAAGACUGCGCAUCCAUCAUGUAAUUCCACCACUACCUCGGUCUAUACAGGGAAAGUUUCACAUCUUGUUUGCGCAUGCAAGGCAGCUGCAUCUCACAAUGCACCUUAUGCGCACGUCAGCGCAGCAAUACGAUGUCUUCUUUGUAGAUCAACUUUCUACUUGCAUUCCGUUCCUCCGAAUGUUCUGUAGAAAACGCGUCGUUUUCUACUGCCACUUUCCCGACAAGCUUCUUGCAAACGGUGCCUACGUAGAGGGCCGGCAGGGGAAGAAUGUCAGUCUCCUGAAAUCCAUCUAUCGCUUCCCAAUGGAUUGGCUAGAGGAGGCUACUACGACUCAAGCUGACCUGAUCCUCGCCAAUUCAAAGUUUACUGCACGAGUGACCAAGUCGCACUUCUCUUCCCUUCGACACCAGCUGAAAGUCGUCUAUCCUGGAAUUAAUAUUGCGGCCUACAUCUCACCGAUCGACCCAUCAGAUCCCGAUAUCCUUCAGGUCGCCUCGCAACGGCGAACAUUGUUGUCCCUCAACCGGUUUGAGAUGAAGAAAAAUGCCGCUUUGGCAAUAGAAGCAUUUGCGAUCCUGCGGAACAAGGACCGGAAUACAUUAGACGUGAGGCUGGUUCUUGCUGGUGGCUAUGAUCCUCGUCUAGAGGAUAACAUACGAACCCUGGAAUCUCUUAUUGAACUGGCACGGUUCAGUGGUCUAACUUAUAACAUCAUCACCCCGUUGCAGUCCCGCGUGGCAGUACCAUCAUUCCCAAAUAUUACCCUGAAUGAGCCAGAUAUAUUAUUCCUCUUAAACUUUACCACCGCCCAGCGUUCAGGUCUACUCCAGGCUCAAUCUACAGUCGCUUUAUUAUAUACUCCAGCAAACGAACACUUUGGAAUUGGACCAGUGGAAGGCAUGAUAUGCGGCCUGCCGAUACUUGCCUGCGACAGCGGCGGCCCCACGGAGAGUAUCGUUGACCAGCCAACGGACCAAAGGACCGGGUGGCUCUACCGUCCCCAGUCGUCGGUGUGGGCUCAAGCAUUGGAGGAAAUCUGUAAUCUCUCAGAGACAGAUAGGAAGGCGCUCUCGCAGAGAGCUCGGGACCGUGCCCAGAACAUGUUCGGAAUGGAUGCGAUGGCGAAGUCACUCGAGGAAGUGUUGGAAGAAGCGGUAUCUAUGGGGCCAGUGUCAAGAACGGGAAUGUGGCUCGUGAUGUUUGCGGCUCUGGGGUUGGUGGUGGCUUUAAUCGUGCGGUAUGGAUCGUUUUCAGGGUAG